AAAUCUGUUUUGACCAGAGUCAAGGAAACACAACAAAAAGGCAGGGGUGGGUGUUUGUUUGGCGGGGCUACUCUGAUGCUACUCGGAGCGAGAUGACAUGAUUUCGCUCUCCCUUUGGUGCGAGAUCGAAAAGCUUAUAUUCAAAUGAAAUAACCAGUUUUUACUUAAUUUGCAACUUGAAAUGGAUUACGAAAGGAUCCAAAAGCCUCUGGUACAUGGUGGCCGAUUUUCUCCAGGAAAAUUGAGGAGUAUGCUACUUGGAGUUGAAAAGAAGAGGAAAGAAGAUGAAGAGGAGGUUGAAUCUGGUUACUCCUUGAGAUCUCAAUCGUCUCAACUUGAUGAAAGUGGUGGUAGCAGUUCUGAUAAUUGCAAAGAUGUAGAUGUUGUUAGUGUACUUCCCAAAUCCUCCACUUCAACCAUAGCUGACUCCAUGAGUGCACAGAUGGUUGCUGAUCAUAGAUCUAAAGAUCACUCGUUGGCCAAUUCAAGGAUUAGGCCCCAUGAAGAUUCAUCUUUAGAUUAUGACAGUGGACAAGAUACUACAAGUGUGUCAUCCACAGCAUUUGAGUUUCAGAAGGCAGAGCGUGCCUCACAAAGAGUUUCCAUUGCACCAUUUACAAAGCCAUUGCCAUCCAAAUGGGAUGAUGCCCAGAAAUGGAUAGCAAGCCCCACUACAACCAAGAUUGGGCAGGCUCAGGUGCAGGGUGGACAAGGAGUUGGUUCACGAAAGAUGGGUAAUGUUGUCCAUAUAAGCAGGCAACCUUCCAAAAAGGUUGUUAUAGAAGUUCCAGAACAAAAAUUGGUUUCAUUUGAAGAACCAGAUACAAAAUGGGUUGAUAGCAUUCAAGCUAAGAAGGAAGCUGGGAUGCAGAAAUUUGUUAGUUGGGAGGCUGAUACAUAUCCAAUUGCAGAAUCAUAUGGCAAGCCUGUGCUCAUGAUUGAGAAUUCUGUCAGGGAGCUAGCAACAGUUAGCCUUAGCCAGCAUGAUUCAUCUCCGGCCAUGCAUAGUGCUACUGCAUUUAUUCCUCCUCCUUCAACAGCAAGGUCUGUAUCAAUGAGAGAUAUGGGUACAGAAAUGACUCCCAUUGCUAGCCAAGAGCCGUCUAGGAAUGGAACUCCAGUGAGGGCUACAACUCCAAUUCGUAGUCCAAGUUCUUCUAGGCCAUCAACUCCUGGCAGAGCUACACCAACUUCAUCUGCAACAAAUCCUUCGAAUGACGCUCUCAAUACUAACAAUGAGUGGUCAGAAAAGGAACUGCAAAUGAAAACCAGGAGGGAAAUAAUGGCUUUGGGGACACAGCUAGGUAAAAUGAACAUUGCUGCCUGGGCCAGCAAGGAGGAGGAGGAUAAGGAUGCAUCCACGUCACUGAAAACUGUCCCAGCAGAACAACCAGCUAAAAGUGUGAUUGAAACACGUGCAGCGGCAUGGGAGGAGGCAGAGAAAGCCAAGUACAUGGCCAGGUUCAAACGUGAAGAAAUGAAGAUUGAAGCAUGGGAAAAUCAUCAGAAAGCAAAAACAGAGGCUGAGAUGAGAAAAAUUGAGGUGGAGGUUGAGAGGGUCAGGGGGCGGGCCCAAGAUAAGCUUAUGAACACACUAGCAGCAGCAAGACAUAGGGCUGAAGAGAAGAGAGCAGCAGCAGAAGCCAAGAGAAAUCGGCAAGCUGCAAAAACUGAGCGGCAAGCAGAAUACAUUCGAAGAACUGGUCGUAUACCUUCUUCAUUUUCCUUCUGUAGUUGGUGUUCUUGAAACGUCAAGCACUUGAGCACUUUGAAUUGAGCAGGCUUGUCAAGUUAGCAGAUUGCUUUGUUUCUAACCCAUCACGUGAAUCGUAAACCUAUUCUAUGUAAAAGCUUUUUUUUUGUUUUUUUGGUACAAUUGGCUCCGAUUGGCUGUCAAACUCGAGAUGUCAUAAUUUUAGAGGCAACUUUAGUACCAUUGAGUUAAGCUCAUUAAUUAUGUAAAAGCUUUUUGUGCUACUCAUCUAUAUACACGAUGUUUAUUUAUUAUCGUCA